AUGAUGUGGCAAGCGGCCGAAAAGAAGACGUAUUUGGACAAUUCGGAAAUGGCUCAGUUGGUGAGAAGCUGCUUGGUCAGGUAAGAGUUUUCACAAAAUGAAAGAACGUUCAAAUAAAUCAACAUAUUCAGGUCGUUGGCAGCAACGAAGUGGUACAGCGACUUCCUAAACAUCCGAGAGUCCGAGAAAAUGUGAGAGCAGUUGUCCGUGUCGAUAAUUGUCUUGUUCAGCUGGUUUCCAACAAAUAUUGUUCAUCGUCGUCAAUUCGACUCUGAACAAUCUUCACAACCAGUCUCCAGAUCAUCCGGUGUGCUGCUCAUAUUCUCCCGGUCCGUCAGAGCUCCGAAUAACGGGUAG